UUAAAAAUUCAGUGAAUACAUAAUAAUAAUCGGUUCAGCAGCUAUCAAAUAUUCUACUUCACUAUCUGAAACGUCAAAUUGGCGGGUUCUAAAAUUAAAGUGAUUGUACUACAUCCUUUGAAAACUUGUCUUAAUUUAUUCAGGAACAGGAACGCUGAGAGCAUAUUCAACACAUGAUAAAAUAUGUCACAGGAUUAUGAUGUAUUUGCCGAUUUGUAUGACAAUGAUAAAGAUGAUAAUGCUAAGGUUUUGGAGACACUCACGUAUCGCAAUGCGGCUUUGUUAAAGAACGAUAGUUCAGACGAAGACGAUUUCCUUGUACCAAGUAAACAAAAUAAGGGGAAAGGUCGUGGUAAAAAAGCGGGAUCGACUUCAAAUAAAGAAUGUGCAGUAGCAAAAGCGCUUUCUCCAACCAAGAAGUCGAGGAAAUCGCAGUCAGAACCGGAUAAAGAUGCGUUCCAGAAAUCUGCUGAAGAGCAAUCAACGCAUUCAAAUGCAUGCGAGCCGAUGGCUCGAAGGCGUACUUCACGCAGAAGCGCGGCAGUGUCGUCUGAAAUAACAACAGAUUCCACUCCAAGUACAACAGUAACUAGCGCUCCAGCAAGAGGAAGAAAGGGACGCCGUGGUAGAAAUAGCCGAGAGAUAAAUGUGCCUACAGUGGAAAGCAUCGAUACGAUGGUAAUUGCUGCAGUAAUGAGCCGAGGGGUGAGUGGUCCAAGGCGCAACGUAAUGCGGGCUCGACGCGCUUGUUUAAGUGAAAUCGCUGCGCGUGCCACUAACGUUGACUACAUGGAUUUGGUGUCUAGUCCAAUACCACACAUUGAGGGUGUUAUUACACUUGACUCUGACGGUGAGGAUAGCAUAUCUAAUAAUAAUGUACAGAGCUCGGGCACAGAAACACCAAACACGUCCAAUGCUGCCACACUGGAUUGCUCAUUUGAUGAAGAUAAUCCAGAAAUUUCAGUAAAAAUAAAAUGGGAAGGUGGGCGACCCGAAAUUUUUCAGCUACGUCGACAUCAAAAAUUUCACAACAUUUUCAGUGAAAUUGCCGACCGCGAAAAUAAGUCAAUUAAUAACAUAGUUUUUAACAUUGAUAAUCGAAUAAUAGCGCCGAACGAUACACCUGCCAGUAUUAGCUAUAAGGUUUAUGAAUUUAUUAGUGGACGCGAGCUAACCGAGUCAUUCGAAGUAGGCACUGUGCGGAAGAAGCGUGAUGCUAAUGUAAUUACGUUGAAAAUUCAAUCAGAUUUAUGGCCAAAAAGACCACUAAAAGUGGAGCUAAAUAAAUUAGAUAAAUUAAAAAUUUUAUAUAUCAAAUGUGCUGAAGAACUAAAAAUGUCAGCUGAGGAUCUUGUAUUAAGUUUCAAUGGAGAUCAAUUGGGUUUCAACGACACGCCUGAUGAUUUCGAAUUCGAAGGUGAUGAAGCUAUUGAUUUACGUGUAAAGAAGAAAUAAAAUUGCCGUUAAUGUGACUUUAUUGUUUAAACUACUUUUUUAUGCACUAAUCUUUAUUUUCUUUGUAUGAACAACGUAUACUGUAAUUUUGAUAAGCGUGUUUUUCUGCAGACUUGUAAGUAGUAUUGUUGAAACGUUCAAAUGUUCGGCAGAAUUUCUAGAUAAUUAGUUUAUUUAUUAUUUUGAUUAUGUCAAGAACUUCGAUGUAAAGACUGUAAGCUCCAUGUUAAAGUGGACUAUGUCACUUCACCAGAAGAUGAACUCAUUUUAGCAGCUGCAGUGGAGUACGCUUCGAAUUUUACUUUUUGUUUAGCUUAUUCACUCAUACUAUAUUUAAAUUUUGUUCAUUUAUAAAACAUACACAUAUGCGCCGAAAUUGAAAAUUAUAUUUAAGCAUACAUAAAAUAUUCAUAACAAAUUGCA